AUGGCCGACGAAGCGCAAGCGACUCGGCGAGCCUUCACCAUUCAGGGGCCGCAGGUUGCCUUAGCUAUGCUGCGAGGUUCCAAACGCAUAACAUGGCCGGAUGCGCCAGAGGAAGCUUCUUUGUCCAAAAGUUGCGUGGUUGGGAUGGUGAGAGAUGCAAGGGAAGCUGAAGGAAGCAACCGCCUCUGGGAUUCCUUGUGGCCAACUGCAGAAGAUGAGGGACCCGCUGCCAAGCGCCAGAAGCUCACACAGCCGCCUUGGAAAAGCAAGAAGCGGAAGCGCCGUUCUGACGCUGGGAACACCGGCAGUCCGGCUCAAGUUUCCUUCACAGCAUCCAAGCGUCGCCGGCUGCUUCUUCGCAGCCCUUUGCAAAAGCCGAAGUUGGCUAAAGCACCAGCAUCAGAAGCCUUGCAGGACGUUGGAGCUGCUGACAACACUGAUGGCAAAGUCACACAGUUGCAGCCCAGAGGAGGUCUCUUUGCUUUCCGGGACGAUCAGCCAGUGUUCAUUCUGAGUGUACGGACAAGCAGAAAAAUUCCUUUGGCUGAUGUGGUUCCAUUGAAGCAGGCAACUUUUCAAGGACGAACCGUCCUCAAAGCCAAAUACACAGAGACCCGCACAUGCAGAUGGAGUGAGCUCAAAGAUGUCGGCUUACAUUUCCAGAUUGCCAACUGUGCGAAUGAUCGCCGUGGAGCGAGCUUGCCGUUCCAGAAGCAACCGGGGGAAACACAAGGAGAUCAAGGCAGAGCUUUGCGCGAGAAUGCAGCUUUGGCAGCUCGCUGGCAGGCUGGCAAUGCAGAGCUAGGUUUGGCCACUUCAUGCACAGUUGAUCACUCGGUGCGAUCCGUUGUGCCAGUGCGUUUGCGGGCGCACCUGGCCGAACGAGAGGGUGUGACCUUAGCUGCAGCCUUUGGCUUCACAGAGAAUGUAUGCUUUGAAUGCGCUGACACCUGGUUGCAGCUGGAUGCUCUGGAAUUUGACCCUCCAAGGCGGUCUGGAGAUGGCAGCGGCCGGGCAGAUGUGCAGCGGAUUCGCUUGCUCUACAAGCGUGAUUUACACGGAGAUGAUGGGCUCGUUAUAGUUUCCUGUGACGAGGAGGAUGUCAUCUCCCCGCAGCAUGCUCCACCAAACGUAUGUAGACGCUGGCGUUCAGGUGCAUUAGGGCCCAUUGCGGGUGUUGAAGUUGACCUUGCAUUGCCGCGGGCGCUGGAUGAGCAAAAUGUUCGUCUCUUGCUUGUCUAUACUGGCACCUGUACAGUCAAGUUGAUCAAGAACGUCCGCCUGAAAAUUUGCCGCCAGACAUUCCGCUAUGGGCUUGGGAGUUGUUUUCAAAACCAAGAUUUCAUUGGACUGAGGCUCGGGUUCAAGCGUUGCAAGAAUCUUGUUUGCAGACGCUGCAGGCCGCAGACCGCAAAUUAUCCGUACCUGAUUAGCGCCGCCCUGGCUUCGUCCACUGCGACCUGUGGGUCUCAAUGGCACGGACGAUAUUGUGCUCUCAAUCGCAAGAAACUUCCAGAAAGCAGUCCUUUUGUACACUAG